AUGAAGAUCACAUUGCCCAACUCGACUUGUCAGAUCGACACAGUCAAACUGACUUCGAAAUUGUGGACUCGACAUAUUAGGACCCGCGUGCAAUACAGGUGUGAAGAAGAAGUCAAAAAGUGUUGGAUACUCCUACUGACAUGCCUCAACUGCCGUGCCCAUCAUAUAAUCGACAACGCCUUCCUACACAGUCUUCGACGUUUCGUUGCGACAAACGGCUGUCCAAAAAGGAUUAUCUGCGAUAAUGCACCUGCCUUCACAUCUUUCGCUCAAGCACAGUCCGACGAGCCCAGUGGAUACGACGCGAUCAGAGAAUCUGCUAAACUACCUGUGGCCACGAACAAAAUCCAGUUCAAAUCCAUCACUCCUUCAGCCAUAGCAAGGCGGCGUUUACGAACAAAUGGUUGCAUAUUCAAAGCUGCAUUCAAGCAAGCCAUAGAAACCGACACUGCCCAUGGGACGAAAGCUGAAGCCAUUUGCAACACAAACACUGAAGCUGCACAUGUAAGGGAAAAUAUCGUCUUAUCUGCAACGCAACACCUUGCCAUUCGCAAGCAAGAACAUCGUCAUCGAAAAACACGGCGAUACGAUUGCAGCCCGUACGCAAGUUGGAUCAGCCAUUCACGUUCACGCAACGAUGGAAAAUGUCAAAAUAACGACAAUUCAGAAUCACGGGGAAUGCUCCAUUACGACUUCUGUUCUCGAAGGAUGUUACUCCUGCAUUUUCGGAGCAAAGGCCACAAUAGUAUGCUACUCCAAACAGGACCGAACCACUGCUGA